ACGCGUGGCCAUAGCGCGAGCUCGCCUUCCUCCUCUGCCGUCUCCAAACUCUCCACCACCCAAACCAAAUCCUCGCCAAUGGCGCCACUUCUCUUCCAAACCCAGACGGCCGCCCAAAUCCUCGCGCCGAUUCCGCACAGCAACCGCCGCCUGGCACCCGCACCCCACGCGGUCGGCUUCCUCCGCGCCCUUUUCCCGUCCCGCCCGCCGCCGGCCAAGGCCGAACUCCUCGGCCUCAUUGCCGACCAGCGCCGUGGCCUCGACACCCAGUCCGACCCCUCCCGCCUCGCCGACAUCGUCUCCUGCAUAGACGCCCUCGCUGCCUCCGCCCCGGACGCCGACACGGUGUCUGACGCCUCCAAGCUCUCGGGCACCUGGCGCCUCCUCUGGACGACCGAGCAGGAGCAGCUCUUCAUAGUACGCAACGCCCCCACCUUCCGCACCGCCGCCGGCGACGUGCUCCAGGUCAUCGACGUUCCAGGCGGGAGCAUCAACAACGUCAUCACCUUCCCGCCCUCGGGCGCAUUCGUCGUGAACGGCACUAUCGAGAUCCGACCGCCCCAGCGAGUAAAUUUCAGGUUUACACGUGCUAUGCUGAAAGGGGGCAAUUGGGAGGUUCCUUUUCCGCCGUUUGGGAAAGGAUGGUUUGACACUGUCUAUUUGGAUGAUGAGAUCCGUGUCGCGAAGGACAUAAGGGGGGACUAUUUAGUUGUCGAGCGUGCUCCAUAUUCCUGGAAUGGAUAGCUGCUUAAGUUAAAAGUUGACCGAGUGCAUAUCCAUUUACAGUUUGUAUUCUGUGCCUAGAGACCAAAGAAGAUCUGCAGGUCCUAUGGUUUACCAGCAAAGUCUUCACCAUCUUACCAUCCCCUGACUUUUACUCUACAAACUAGCCAAACUCAACUGUGCUGCUAGAUAGUACAACAAUAUGUAUGUACAUGUUUGAAAAUAGAGUUGCACUUCAUUAUGGUUGGAAAUAGAGUUGUACUUGAUUAUGGUUGGAAAUAGAGUUGUACAUACACAACCUAUAUCUGAUUAGUAUGUGCUGUUAUAAACUGGACCCAAUGAAAUAAGUGGUGUGUCUUCCUCCUUUUUUUCUCGGAUUGGUAUGGAAAUUUGUAGCCUUCGGCGCAAAUGUAAAUCUGGCCAUGUGUUGAUACAAAAGUUAUUAUUUUUAAGUUUGAUUCAUUUUGUA